UACCAGGAUAAAACAGGAAAUACUAAUAAUAUAACUGCCAGAAAGGUAACACUUGACCUAAGAAGCCACUCCCAUCUGCACAGCAGCCUCCUGAACCCCCUGAGCUGCAACACAUUCCUGUUCUUGCAGAGAUGCUGCUGAAUACAACUCCGAAGCUGCUGCAAUCCGCUGUUCCUGAGCUGCAGCAGUCUCCCGAACCUCCUGAGCUGCAGCCUCCUGGUUUCCUGGCAUCACAGGCUCCCUCUGCCAGUCUCUGCUGCCCUGUCGCCGGCCUCCGGCUCCGAUCUCCAGUCGUUAGACCUUGGUCCUGAUCUCCAGCCACAUUACUGGCCUCCAGAGGGCUCCUGUCUUUGCCGCCGGUCUCCUGUCUGACCUCCAGAGGGGUUUUGUCUUCGUCAUUGGCCUCCUGAGUUGCUCCACAUGACUGGUUGUCCUCUGGACCUGCUCUGCCCUUCAGCCCUGCCUCCUGGUCGUCUGCCUGGGGUCUUCUGUCCCGUACCUAUCCAGCCCCAAGGUCCCCUGGCCCUGAGUCCUUCCACCGGUCACCUGGCCCUUGGGUUGAGUGAUGACAUCAUCAUAGAAGAAGGAUGGUCGAGAAGAUGGGGCAUGUAAGGGAGUCUGUAGUUGUUGGCCAGCACAGGGCUUCUGACAGAGAGUCGAAGAUCUUGGGACUGCUUCUGCAGCCGAAGCUGUGUGCCUCUCUCUCUCUAGUUUCUCCUCUUUCUCCUCUCUUUUCACUCAGGCUUCUCUGCGCUGGACCAUCGGCCAUCCUGGGACCUCUCUCUUUCCCCUGGCUGUCUGUGUCUCUCUCCAGAUGUUUCGGAUCUGGAUCUUCAUCAUCCAGCCACCCAAUCAACAAUCUAUGGCUUCACUCACCUCCCCAUCUGGCUGUGUCAGCUGCUUCUGCCUUGCCAAAAAGAUUGCUGAGCUCGAGGGAAGAAUCUCCAUGCUGUACCAGGUCCAGGAAACAGAAAAACUCCUGGAUACUAUCACUUUUAGUCCAGCACAAGCUGACUCAACCUGUGCCCGUGAGCCUGAUGCCACUGCUCCGUGUCCUGCUGCUGAAGCUGCCUCUUCUCCAGAGUCUGGUACCAUCGCUCGCUCUCCUGCUGCUGAUCCACCUCCUCCUCCGACAACUCCUGGUUGGGGCUAAGGCUAAAGCCCUGGUCAGCUCCAGUCCUUCCCACCACAAGUCCUGGAAGCUGGUCGGUGCUCGCAGCAGAAGAGGGAGGUGCUCUCCUCCUACAUGUCCUCACUAUGACAUCCAGCUGGAAAAUAAAUACAACAUCCUCAACCUGCAGGACUUCCCUCCUCUGGCCUGCGGAUUACCAGUCAUUUUCUCCACCUCCCCUGCUGUCCCAUAGACCCCUCAGUUCACUGUCAUUUCCAAUCCCUCCACCAGCCAUGCCUGAGAACCCCGUCCCGCAGGGUGGUAGGCUCCUGCCCACUACUCUGUCCACCCUUCUCCAUCCACUCCGUCAGAAGGAUGCACUCCCCAGGCUGUGCCCACAUCCCAUCACUGCAAGCCUCCACUGCACAUUAUGUCCAUGAUCGUCUAUGGUUCCAUAGUAAGACAUAUUAAAUCAAAAACUGUAGUGACUUACGGCCUACCAGGUGCAAAAAUUGUAGGCGUCAUGCAGCAGAUCCCGUGUCUUCUCAGCAAACACCCUCAUGUUCACAAUGUUAUCAUCCAUAUUGGCACUAACGAUUACAACAAGCAGCAGUCUGAAUUUUUAAAACAGGAUUUUAACCGUCUUUUUAAUGAAUUCAAAAACUGUGGUAAAUCCGUCCUCAUCUCAGGCCCUAUUCCCUCGUUGGGCAGGGGCAUAAGACGUUUUAGACGAUUGCUCUCUCUCCACACAUGGCUGCAGUCAGCCUGUCCAUCUCACAAUGUGUUUUUUAUCGACAAUUUAACCUUUUUUGAAAACAAGCCUCCUUUUUUAGCGGAGAUGGUAUUCACCCCAGCUUCCAUGGCACAAAGGCACUUUCAACAAACAUUUUUCAUGCAGUUACUACAGCCUCAUGCCAAUGGCUGGCCGCUACUAGCUCCACAAUGGCUCUGGACUACACACUGGUCACUAAUUGCUCCUCUUUGCCCCCAGUUCCUUCUACAGGCCAAAUAAUGGACUUGUCCUUCCUGUCAGAAUUAACUAUAGUAGACCAAAAAAAUUUACUCUGCCCCCCACUGGCAGAAAAGUGAAUGUAGGUAACUUAAUCUACAUGCAUCUUAACCCUCUCCCUUCUGCUCUCCCAAGCAUACCUGUAAAAAUCUGCCUUUUAAAUUUUUAAACAAAUUUUUAUGCAACGAUUUUAUUACAUCUAAUGAUGUAAUAAUAAUUUUUGUAUGACUGAAACAUGGUUAAAAGCAGCGGAAUACAGUACCUUGAAUGAAGCAACCCCUCCAGCCUUUUCUUAUGCUCAGAAACUUCGGCUGUCUGGCCGAGGUGGGGGAGUCGCUGUUAAGCACAGAGACAAUUUUUUCUAUAAGCCUGUAUCCUGUAGAGAGUUCCUCCUUCGAAAGCCUGGUAUUUUCUGUUAACAAACACCAGCCUAUUUUAUUUCUCUCAGUUUAUCACCCUCUUACACCUAAUGGCAUUUUCAUCUCUGAAUUGUCAGACCUGCUCUCCCUGCUUCUACCUAAUUAUGACCGGGUCUGUAUUAUUGGUGAUUUUAAUAUUCAUAUACUGUAUGUUGUCCUAGUGAUGCACUCAAGGGUGAAUUUCUCAACCUCCUAGUAGUUAAUUUUGUUUUACAACCCACAGGGUCUACACAUUAUAAGAUCAAACAUGAUAACAUGGAGCUUAUUAAUUUCUGUUUAUCUGAUCAUCAUAAUAUGUUUAAUCUGUAUUAUUCUCCGCCGCCUAAAGUUACACUGGCUCCCUUCUGCUCUCGCAUCAUCAACUCAACAACAGCUAGUAAAUUUUCAAAUGCAUUCUUGUCCCUCUCUUCUGAGCUGACGAUCAAACUUGAUUAUCUAGAGGAAGUAAAAGUCGUUACAAAAUCUGACGUCAUUGUACUUGGUCCCCCUGCAAACAGAAUUCAAAUCAUGGCAAACCUAGGUGAACUAGCAACUUAUGCAAAGCCCUCAGCCAAAAAUCUUGGGGUAGUUUUUGAUCAGGAGUUGUGUUUCGAACCCCGUGCAAAGAAAGUUGUUCAGUCAUGUUUAUAUAUUUUGAGAAAUAUAGCCAAGGUUAAGACUUUUAUUUCACCUACAGAUAUAGAGAAACUCAUCCAUGCUUUUAUUUCUUCCCGCCUCGACUAUUGUAACUCCCUAUAUACCUGUCUCAGUCAGAAAUCAAUCCACUGCCUACAGUUAGUCCAAAAUGCUGCAGCUCAGCUUUUAACUCAAAAAUGUGACCAAAUCACCCCUGUUUUAGCAUCCCUGCACUGGCUGCCUGUUUAUUUCAGGAUUGAUUGUAAACUUCUUUUAAUUACUUUUAAGGCCAGGCAUGGGCUGGCCCUACCUACAUUUCUGACCUUUUAACCCCCUAUGAGCCAGGAUGCAGACUGAGAUCCUCUGGUAGGGCGUUGCUAGCCAUUCCAAGGUCUAGGCUGAAAACCAAAAGCGACAGGGCCUUUGCUGUCAGGGCCCCCACACUCUGGAACAAUCUGCCAGAGGAGAUCAGGCUUGCAUAGUCAGUCCUGUUUUAUCUCACUUAUACGACACAUUUUUAUAAAAACGCU